AUGUCCCUCGUCGUCGCGCGCGCGUCGACGCGCGCGCCGACGCGCGCCGGCGCGUCCGCGCGUCCGUCCCAUCCGUCCCGCUCGAGGUUUCCCGCUCGAGGUUUGUCCCCAGUCUGUCGAAGCUCGGCGAGCGGAGACGGCGUCCCCGACCCGAUCAGCGCGCGCGAGAAAGCCGACGCCGCGCGCAAAGCCCUGCAGGGCGCGCUCGGGAACAAGCGCGACGUCCUGAGCAAGUUCGACGGCGGAGGAAAGGGCGGCGGGCCGCUGGACUGGUUCUUCGGCGGCGGCGGCGGCGACGACGACGGCGAAAACGCGCAAGCGCGAAAAAUCGCCAACUGGGUCUUCCUCGCCUUCGUGGUGCUUUUGUUGUUCAAACCAGUCACCGCGGUGAUCGUGAAUGCGGUGUAUUACGCGUUCGGGUGGCGCACGGGACGAGAGGCGCCGACGGAGGCGGAGCUCGCGGCGAUGAACGCGCCCGCGGACGCGAGCGUGAUAUCAAAGUACGCCGCCGAUGACGACGACGACGACGACGACGACGACGACGACGACGCGUAG